CCACCAUUCACAACUUCAAUUUUACCAAACACCUGUUAACAUCCCGUUCUUACAGCGAUCCAUCGUUGUCCGCGCUUUAGCGGUACUAAAUUAGAGGUAUACCGAACCAUUGUGUGUUAACUGUCGCGUAUUUUUGCCGACUAGUGCAAAAUAUCAGAAGAUUGUUGGUCUAGACUGGCUCGUCCUCGUCUGUUUUACUGUUUACUGGUUGUUCUUCACUUGGUUUGUUGAUGAACUUAACCUCCGUAGGAGUUGCUGAUCUUUAGGACUUGCUGAACCUGCUAAACGUGCUACAAGCUUACUACUGUUCGUCUGCUCCUCUGACCCCUCUUCUCUGGGUGAGAAAAUUGACGGAUCCGUGAGUCUGUUACGAUUACGAGUUUCAAGGUUAUUCCUGGUGCUUCCGUUUCCGUGUACCAUCCAGGACCUUGGGUUUCCGUGACUUUAUUUGUGUUGGUGUUAUCUACCCACCAAUAGGUCGCUUCAUUUCUGCUAGCUCCACCUGUCUAUGACUGCUACUGUCUGUAGUUGUUAUCGCCAGUAGUGUUGUAGUGUUUCCUCCCUCCGUUCCUCUGUUUCCGCAUUUUUCAGAAUUUGCUCGAGACUUUCGAACGGGCACUCCUCUUCAUUUAUCCAACCUGAGCCACUACCGAUCGUCGUCGUUUUUUUACCGCCGGGUUGCUGUCCGUGCUUACAAAAUGAAACGGCUGCUGUAUAUGGGCAUUGCUGCCUUCAUCAUUUCAGCCGUGGUGGGUGUUCGACUAUUCUUCGUGCCCAUCCGGUUGAUGCUGUUCGAUAAUUUCAAGGACGAUAUUAUUCUUCGAGGGGAUGUUGACUAUGCGGCAAACGAGACUUCUCUGUGGAGCAACGAGACGCAAAUUGUCCCCAAGAUCAUCCACCAAACGUGGAAGAACAGCGAUGUUCCUGAGAAGUGGAAGGAUGCGCAACGAAGUUGCCAAGAUUUGCAUCCCGACUAUGAAUACAAACUGUGGACGGAUGAGGAUAUUCGCGCCUUCAUUGCCAAGGAGUACCCUUGGUUUUUGGAGCAGUUCGACUCCUAUCCCUUCGGUAUCAUGCGUGCUGAUGUUGUCCGUUAUUUUAUUCUUUACCAUUAUGGUGGCAUUUACCUGGAUUUCGAUGUCGGUUGCAAGCGUUCGUUGGAUCCUCUGCUCAAAUAUCCUUCGUUCUUGCGCACAACGACUCCAGUUGGUAUUAGCAACAACGUCAUGACCUCCGUAAAGGGUCAUCCGUUCUUCUUGAUGACCAUUCGUUACUUGAAGAAAUAUGCCUUCAACUACCACUUCCCCUACUUGACUGUCAUGUACUCUACCGGUCCCCUGUUCCUGUCUGCCAUUUGGCGGCUGUACCGAGACUUCCCCAUUGCAAGUCCGCUUCACCGCAUUCGUAUCAUGAUGCCUGACAUGUACACUGGCCAGGACUGGUCAUUCUUUAACGUUUUUGAAGGUUCUUCUUGGCAUGAGGAAGAUGCUGGUCUUGUUUUUUGGUUACUGAGACACUGGCUUGCCCUUACAAUUAUUUGUAGCACAAUCUUUUUGCUUCUCAUUCAUUUCGCUUUUGGAGAUUCCUGCCGCCGCUCUAACCGCGCUGGUCGUGGUGCUGUGCAUUCCCCAUCACUGUCAUCUGCAUCAUCUGCUGCGACUUAUGUUGUCAAUGACAAGGAAGAGCAUCUGAACGUUCCGUUCAUGAAGGAUUACGAUGAGGAAGCAUCAGUCGGAGGUGGCACGGAAGUGAUCUUUUCUGCGUCGAAGAAGAACACCGAAUAAGGCACAAGGCAAAGCGGAUUCUGAGCAACUUUUGGUUGGGAUAAUUUUUGUUUUGGCCGGUACCAAUAGAUGCGACGAGUCGCUUAUCAUUUCUUUUUUUCAUUUCACUUGGCCAAUCUUUAUCAUACGUGUGUACGCUUCUCUCAGAACCGCAUUUGCUGUGGUUGUGCGAUAUGGUACAAGCACAUACUUGCAUCGUUUUCGUUCUUUUCCUAUCCCUCAACAUCACUCCGUCGCGUUUCUGCUUCGCCCUUGGUUCCCACAUUCCUUUCUCGUGCGAGCGUUUAUGCACCUUCUUACUCCCUUCUCUCUGCUCUGACCAAGCUUGAAUCUUUCUUCGAUUGGCGAGCACUGCACUGCCUACUGAUGUAGAAAUACCCCUAUGUACGAUCUUGAAUGUCCUCGCUGUGUGAGUCUUCUUGGCUUCUGUUGCCGCUGAUUUCUGCAGUAUUUUCAUUUCAUUAUCUAUAUAGAAUGAUCUCUGGUUGUCCCCUGUUACAAGGUGUAUCUACAUCAUAGUCCGGUGAGCAUUAUUUGAGCGCAUACGCAUGUAUUUUGUACUUUUGCUCGGCACGUUUCGUCAAUGCACUGUGACAGAUUUGUAUUUCGGUAUUUGACGACGAGUGUCCUGGUUCUUGAGCUCCCCAUUUUAUUUAUACUUAUACUAUUCAAUAGAGGUGUUAAUCAUUUUCGUGUUUCGUAA